AUGCCGGCGCUUGAUGUACCUCAAUGUCUCGUUGUUUACUCGUCCUCUUUACAUCAAAAAGAUGGGCGUCAACUUGCUGCUCGUGCUCGCUGUUGCCUGAAAUAUGCCGCCCAAUGCCCGCCUUCGUCGCGUCUAUUCUUCCGUUACCCAAAGACAGGUACCUACAAGUACUCGCACCCAACCAUUGUCACGAAAAGUUUGUGUCAUGCGAGCACUAUGCGGUUCAGUCCAAUGUCAUACAAAAAUAUGCGACAAAGGGCAGGGAGCCGUCGAUUUCGCCCUUUUCCCCCCCCCCCUUGCCUUCCUAUCUCAGCUGCGCGCGUCGAUCCUGAUUCUUGCCAAGUCUUAAACAUUCUUCUGCGACAUUGCCAACUGCCAACGCCAACUUGUUCAACCGUAUACCGUGAACGUGGGUCCACUCUCGCUGCAAGCCUACGGCCAAAGGGCCCAUGA